GCUGUAGACCUUCGCUCUUUUCCUGAACUACCUGAAACACCACUGUGCCGCUGCUGUUGCAUUUUAAUGUUUUCCUUUGUCGAUUGAGCCGGUGCCGGAGAAGAUUAAAUCUAUUUGUUUUCAAAGCAAAUAAGCUUUUAAUAAACAGCUGACAGUAUUCCAUUUAUGGAUUUUAGUAAAGAAGAGCCAAAUCUACUAUCUGAUUCAGAUGACAGCGAUGAGGAUUAUGUCCCGCCAGGUGCUGAGGGUAAUUUGCCAUCUGAAGUAGAGUCUGAAGGUGAUGAUGAGGACCCUUCAGAAAGUGAUGAAGAGGAUCCAAACUCAAAAAAAAGAAAGAAAGGUCAGAAAGCAUCAAAAAAGAAGGCCAGGAAGAAAGGCAGGAAAUCUACUCAGAAAGAAGAUGUGAAUACUGAAGAAAAGGAUGAUGAUACUGACAACAAUGAAAGCAAUGACAAAAAAGUCCUGUCCGAAGAAGAAGAAAAGAAGCGUGCAGAUUCCCUUUGGGCAGAUUUUAUGAGCGAUACCAAAUCUUCCAAGCCCCAGCCGAAGAAGAUUACUUCUGUUAAUAGUAAGCAUGAAGAAACAGAAGACAAAAAAGGAAAAGAACCAAAGAAGGAAGAAAAAGAAAACAAAGUGAUUAUUACAGAAGUGUUUGAAUUUGCUGGAGAGGAAGUCAAAGUUACUAAAGAGGUUGACGUUGCCUCUAAAGAAGCACGGAUUGUUCAAGCUGCACCAAAGACUGUUGGAUCAAGCUCAUCUGGAUCUCCUGCUGGUCGUGGGAGAGGUCGUGGUGCUGGAGGAUUGACUUCCAUAUUAGGACAGAUAGGUAAAAAAGCUAAAAUAGGAACACUAGAAAAAUCGAAGUUGGAUUGGGAUCGUUUCAAAAGAACAGAAGGAAUUGAAGAUGAACUUCGAACAUUUAAUCGUGGGAAAGAUGGAUACUUAGAGAAGCAAGAUUUCCUUCAGAGAGCAGAUUUACGUCAGUUUGAAAUUGAGAAAAGUUUACGAGCAACAAGGAGGAGCAAUAGAUGAAUUUCAACCAUUGGGGGUCAUCAGUCACUGUCAUGUUUGGCUUUAUAGGAAGAGGUGUAGCUGAUGUGUUCAACUUAAGUUCACCAAAUGCUGACUGUCCUCUUUGAGCAUAUUACUAUCUGUGUUACUCUUAUGUCACAAUUUUCCUCUCGCCUCUAAUAUUAAUUAGAGUUGAGAGUAGUAUUAAUGUCAAACAUCCAUUAUGAACUUUCAUGACAACUUCCUAAAUGUAUUGUGUAAAUGUCUAAGAUUAACUGUGAUGUCAACUGUGAAUUCUGUGGGAGGUUCCUAAUAAAGGUACUGUAAAAACACACUAGUUUGAAUUUUAUUUCUACAUCUAUAAGACAAAAUGUGUGUGAGUAAAAUAAUUUAAUUCAUCCCUGAGCUAAUAAAGGAUUUAUUUUAAGAACAAGACAAUCAACAUUCUUAUUAUAAAAAAAAGUUUGUGAAGUGAUCAUAAAAUAGACUAUUAAACACACUAUUUGCAAAUACUUCGAAAUUGAGAUGUACUAAGUUCUCAUUACAAUCUAAAUUAGGAUUAUUUUAUGAUAAUCAAACACUUCUGUAGACAUAUGCUAAUUUAUAAGUGUGCCCCAAAUUAAUUAUUAAUUUAAUAGAAAUAGUUGUAAUUUAAUACCUGUAAAUCACACUUCUUAACAAUAACAGAGGUAGCUCUGGCUGUGUGAAUAUACUAAAUAAUAGUUUAUAAUAUUUUAUCAUUUUUACCAUUGUCAGUGUAUUCGUCGAAAUAAUACAAUUUAAUGGGA